AUGGACCUCGCCAGUCUAAUAACAAGCGACUCGACCGACUCUCGUCGGCCCUCGCCGCCAGAGUCCCGUCCGCCCAGCUCUCGAACAAGGACUUUUGCCGAAUGCCAGGAGAAGAAUGCGCCCAACUCUUACUUUCCAUCCAUGAACUUCACGCAAUCACCGCGGGCUCCAUUGUCGCCGCCGGCAGAGGACCAGCCGAAAUGCUCUCUGCCGUCCAUCUCCACCCUCCUGGAGGGAGUGGACUGUGCACUUCCUCCAGCCAAACGGCAUCGCCCGAACCCAUCUCAAUCGAAUGAGCCCAGCUCUCGCAUGUUUCUGCCGCCUACGCCUCCGCUGCAUUCGACGGGGGAUUCAGCAGGGCAAACACUCUCCAUCGUCAUCAACCUCAUCCUCCUCGCGCUCUCUCUCUACGUCCAGCAGCAGCAGUGCUACCAGCUCGAUGAAUCCGCCGCAGCCGCAGACACAGCUUCCACCCAUUACGACGUCACUGCCAACGCCAUCAUCAGAGCGGCCCUCCAUUUCCCAGGAGUCACGCAUUUCCAGUGCUCCCUAUGCAUCGCCCGCACCGAGCAUGGGCUCCUACACCUCGUCCGUCGAGCCGCCGGCAGCGUAUCCGGCGAAAAAUCCUCCCAGCUCGUACCCGGCCCAGAACGGGGCACCACCUGCAGCGGGCAUGCCGCCAUCGUCCCAUGCACCGAUGAUCUCGCCGGUGACUCCGGCAUGGCAGCACCACCACUACUUCCCGCCGUCCAGCUCGGCGCCGUAUCCGCAGAACCACGACCGCUACGUGUGCCGGACCUGCCACAAGGCCUUCUCGCGGCCGUCGAGUCUCCGCAUCCACUCGCACAGCCACACGGGCGAGAAGCCCUUCCGGUGCACGCAUGUGGGGUGUGGCAAGGCGUUUAG